AAGCCGUACGUCUGCAAGAUCCCCGGCUGCACCAAGCGCUACACAGACCCCAGCUCCCUGCGCAAGCACGUCAAGACGGUGCACGGCCCCGACGCCCACGUCACCAAGAAGCAUCGGGGCGACACGGUGCUGAGCCGGGCGCUGGCUGCCCCGGGGGGCCCCGCAGACAUGAAGCAGGAGAAGGAGGGAGGCUGCCCCGGCGAGGGCAGGAAGGACGAGGGGAAGCUGAUGGUGCCCGAGGCCACCUUGAAGCCCCAGCCCAGUCCCGGUGGGCAGUCGUCCUGCAGCAGCGAGCGCUCACCCCUGGGCAGCGCCAACAACAACGACAGCGGGGUGGAGAUGAACGCCAACCCGGGCGGCAGCUUCGAGGACCUGUCCACGCUGGAGGACCCCUCGCCGGGGGAGCCCAUGGGCGCCUCGGGGCUCUCGGCCCUGCGCCGCCUGGAGAACCUCCGCAUCGACAAGUUCAAGCACCUGCGGAAGCCCCCGCCCGGCAAGGGCCUGAAGCUGCCGGCCAUCCCUGGCACCGGCCCCCCCGGGGAGAUGCCCAGCCUGUGCGGCCCACCCCCCGCGGUCUCCCACCGCCGCGUCCUGGAGCUGUCCGCCAGCGACCUGGCCUCCGCGCCCCCGCUGAGCGAGCGCCGGGCCAGCACCUCCAGCACCGUCAGCUCGGCCUACACCGUCAGCCGCCGCUCCUCGCUGGCCUCGCCCUACCCGAGGGCCGCCGAGGGGCCGGGGGGGCUCCCCAGCAGCCUGGGCUUGGCCGAGGCCUACGACCCCAUCUCCCCCGACGCCUCCCGGCGCUCCAGCGAGGCCAGCCACUGCGGGGGGCUGCCGGGCCUGACGCCGGCCCAGCAGUACCACCUCAAAGCCAAGUAUGCCACGGCCACGGGCGGCCCCCCGCCCACCCCGUUGCCCAGCAUGGAGCGGGGGGCCCUGAGUGGCAGGACGGGGUUCCCCGGGGAGUACCCGGGCCCAGCCGUGCCGUCCUUCCUGGCCAACGGCUCGCUGCGACGGCACAGCACCAACGAGUACCCCGGCUACAGCCUCCACCCACCCGGCGGCCGGCGGGCCAGUGACCCCGCCCGGACGGCGGCCGAGCCGCACGCCGCGCCCAGCGUGCAGCGCUACAAGAGCGUGGGUAACGUGAGCGCGUCGGCCGUGGGCAGGGCCGGCUUGCAGCCCCUCGGGGGCACCGACGCCAGCCUGCAGCGCCACCUCUUCUCCCCUCGCCCGCCCAGCAUCAGCGAGAACGUCUUCCUGGAGAGCGUGGCCAUGGAGGGGCCCGGGGAGACCAGCCUGCUGGAGAUGGAGCAGUACCUGGGCUACCCGGAGCAGGGCUUCCAGUGCCAGGCGCCGGGCAUGGAGCUGCAGGGGGAGGGCGCCUAUAUCGGUGCCCACAGGACCAUGGGGGGCAUGCAGCUGAGCCCAGGUGCCCACGGGGAGCUGGAGGGGGGCCUGGGGCAGCCCGAUUUCUCGCUCCCCCAGUGCCAGGUGAACCAGCACUUCCAGGGCAUGCGCCCACCCGAUGCCAGCAUCCCGGUGCCCUGGGAUGAGGCCGCCCCGGGGAGCCUGGAGAUGAACCCCAUGGUGCCCAGCCCGGUGGGCAGCCGGCAUUGCCACCACCAGUACCCGGCUCCCGGCGCCUGCGAGCCGCAGCCCAAGCACAUGGGCAUGUGCCACCCGGGCGGGUUCGCCGGCGGGCAGCAGUUCGGCGAGCUGCAGAUCAAAGCCGAGCUGACCCCCUGCCAGAACGUGCAGCCGCCGCCAGCAGCUGCGUUCGGCCAGGCCAGGGCCAUGGCGGCCGCCCCCGGCAGCGGGUACCAGGCCGAGCCCCAGCAGGGCUCCUGCUUUGCCAUGACCCCCCCGGGCAGGCGGCCCCAGACCCCCAUGCUGCAGGUCAAGGAGCUGAUGGUGCGGAAUUACGUGCAGUCCCAGCAGGCGCUGAUGUGGGGGGAGCAGCCGCAGCCCCCCCCGAAGGCCGGGGAGCCCAUGAUGGGGCUGGGCGGGGUGCCCGGGCACAGCCAGCCCCUGCGGCACCCCCCGGCGCCCCAGGCGUACCUCAGCCCCAAGUAUGCCGGCUACCCAGCCAAGCCAGGGCACCCCCUGGGCCCGCCCGAGAACCGGGCCCUGGCCAGCCAGUGCUUCAACCCCGAGCUGGUGCCCCACCCGCCCGGCGGGCCCAAGCCCCCGGCCAGGCAGAACAGCCUGGGCUACAUGGGCAGCCCAGGCCAGCCCAGUCCCUCCUGCGAGCCCCUGGAGGCCAGUCCCCGUAGGCUGCUGCGGCUGCCCCCCCUGCACGCCCCGCCCGAGGGCCCCGCCGAGGCGGCCAUGCUGUUCUACCCAGGGCAGGGCCCCGUGCAGCCGGGGAAGGGCGCCCAGGGGCACCAGCCGGCUAGCUGCGGGGGCCAGGAUCCCGGCAGGCCGUUCGCCCCCGGCCUGGAGAACCUCAAGCCUGACUCCUUCCCCUACCUGGCAUCAGAGGGGCAGGUCUCCAACAGCCUGGACUCGCUGGACUUGGAGAACACGCACCUGGACUUCACGGCCAUCCUGGACGACCCGGAGCCCCCGGCCCUGAGCCCCGCCCGGCUGCCCCCGCCCGGGCCCCCCAACAUGGCCGUCGGAGACAUGAGCUCCAUGCUGAGCUCGCUGGCUGGGGAGAGCCACUUCCUCAACACCCUGUCCUAAGGCCCCCGCGCCUCCCCGGGCACCCACCCCCAGCGGGCAGGAGACGCCCGCCUCGACGGGCUGCCCAGUGCCCUAAUACAGGACCCCCCACGCCCGGGAGAAGGGGCCCCCCGACUGGCCGGUGUCUCACCGUGGGGAUGGGACACUCCUAGCUAUUCGGCAGCCACCCAUCUGUCCGUCCUUCCAUCAGUCCCUACGUCCAUCCAUCUUUCCACUCAUCCACCCACCCAUCCGUCCAUCCCUCCCUCCAUCCU